ACCACACACAAACCAAACAUGAAGGCCUUUAUUGUGUUCGCCUGCCUGGCUGUAGCGACGGCCCGUGCCGGAAUCGCGCACGGCGGUUACGGUGGCCACGGAGGCUACGGUGGCGGUUACGGCGGACACGGAGGAGCGGGACUCAGUGGUGGACUCGCCGCCGGUGCCGGAACCGCCAACUCCCUCCAGGGUGGUGCUUCCAGCUUGGGAUCGGGAGGUCUUGGCGCUAGCUACGCCGCCGGUGCCGCUUCGGCCGCCGGUGCUGCGGGAGUCCAGCAGAUCGUCUCCGGAGGAGUUCUCGGCGGAAGGGCCGACAUUGGACCCGCUGAGGGACCCAAGGCCAACGUAGGACCCCAGAGCGGCCCGUCCGACCUCGUCGGACCCCAGGAGGGAGCCAAGUCCGUCGGAGGACCCCGUACCGGACCGUCCAGCCUUGUUGGACCCGCUGCCGGACCUUCCACCCUCGUAGGACCCAGCCAGGGAACCGCCACCCUCGUCGGACCCAGCCAGGCCACCGCUAACCUCGUCGGACCCAGCUACGGCGGCGUCGCCUUCUACGCCGGAUCCGGUGGCAUCAACGGUGACGACGGUAGCUCCGGCUCCGCCGCUGCCGCCGCUCCCGGAGGUCUUGGUGGUGGAUAUGGUGCUGGUGCCAUCGCCGUGAUCGGUGGUGGACACGGAGGCAUCCACGGUGGAAUCGGUGGCCACGAUGCCGGAGUCGCCGUCAUCAACGGACCCAGCGGCGCCAUCCACGCUGGUCUCGGCUCCCACGGAGCCAUCAUCCCCGGCCCCAUCCAUGGCAAGUGGUAGACGGUCCUAGACCACAGCGAUCUCGGCUCGGCGACGGCGGCAAACCCACCAUAGUCUAACCGGUCAACGAUCCUCAGCGCGCUCAAUCUCUCUCUCACUCUCUGUCUGUUCUCUACUUCUCUUCUCUCUACUCUACUUCUCUUCUACUCUCUGUCUGCAUCUUCUCCGAAUCUGCUCUCUACGACUAUCUCUCUUCUCGCGCGUGCACCACCAGCAGCAACGCCGACACCGCAGAUAUGCACAACGACAACCACAGCAUCACACAUACACACAGGGCGGAGCCAAGACUAGCGGGACAGUUGCAGAGGGGAGACACGACCGUCGUCGCGGCGCGACGAGAACGCACAUCUCACACGUAUUCUCAACUAUCACUUAUUUAGUCAAUUCCCAAGUUCAGUCUCUCGUCGACUAUCGGGAAAAAUCUUGCUGCCUGUCGUUUUCGUUUUCUCUUUUUUAUUACAUUUUUUUGUACUCUUUGUUUUCUCUUGUAUACUCUCCUCAAAGUCCGAAAUUCCAACCAACCAACCGCGAGCGCGCACUCCGGUCCAGCAUACACAGACAACAACACAGCAUACAACAUACAAUCAAGUGCAGCAGCAGUGCGUCGUGAUUCACACAGACACACACACAUACCAAGCAUCUCUCAUCGAGGCGGAUAUCGGGAUCGGAGGCGCCAACGCCACGGGCCUUAGUUAGCUGGACGAGUCGCUCGCCUGGUGUGCUCUCGCUCUCAUCAUCAUCGACAUCGGAGACCAACGCACCCGGCGACGCACACACCCACACAACCACAAGUGUAUACGUGCACCGAACGUAUAUCUACGCACACGCACACACACGAGCGCGCACAGUCAUACGCAUACUUCAACGAGCGGACCUGGCCCCGCACAAGCGGCCCGUUCUGUUUUCUAGAGCGGCCGACGAAGGACAUCCUCGGCCAGCAACACCAAGCAUCGCUCUCUCGAGUAUGGCCGAACGUGUAACGUGCUGGUUAUGUGACUUUGUUCUUGUAUUAUUGUACUGUUGAUGAUUCUCUCGAGUCGAGGCACACGACAACACGCUUACGCGCUCUCGCAUCUCGGAGCGGCGCGGUGUUCGCGUGCGCGCCUUGUUCCUCACUGUUGUUAUUGCCGUACCGUGCACCCACGCGCUCACACACAGUCACACACAGUCACUCACACGCUCCACACUCAACGUACAUAGAUACAACUCUUUUUUUAUUAUUACAAUACUCGUCCAUGUGCAUAGAAUGUGCCACACUACCUUAACUACUACUACUUCUCUUCUUCGACUUCUUCUGUCACUAUAUUACGCAGAUACACGUACUAUUAUGCCUACAUGUGUAUACCCGUUUUUAUACGUAUAUAUAUACAUAUUAUGCAUAUACAAUGUUAUGUUUAGUGAAGAGGACCGGUAGAUUAUGGUAGGUCAGCCGUUCCCGUGAGUGAAUGAAUGUACAUAGAUGGCGCGCCGCCGCCGGCCCCCGACCCCGCCCGCCCUCGUCAUACCUUCUAUGCGAUCACGACUAGCACCCCACCACCAUAGAUAGAUGCCACGUAUUUAUAGCGUUUAUACAUUUAUACAAUACUUUAUAUAAAAAUAAAGCAUCAGUAUUUAAAACUCAA